AUGGCAACCGGAAAGCCAAAGCAGUCAAACUUCUUACAGGACUUUUUACUGGGAGGUGUCUCAGCUGCAGUUUCCAAAACAGCUGUGGCUCCAAUUGAAAGAGUUAAGCUCCUUUUACAGCUUCAGGCAUCCAGCAAACAAAUAAAACCUGAAGACCAGUACAAAGGAAUCGUCGAUUGCUUUAGUAGAGUCAAUAGAGAGCAAGGGUUUGCUAGCUUCUGGAGAGGAAAUCUCGCUAACGUCAUCAGAUACUUCCCAACCCAAGCACUUAACUUUGCCUUCAAAGACACUUUCAGAAGAUGGUUCUACUAUGACAGGAAAAAGAGCUUCUGGUUCUUCUUCGCUGGAAACAUGGCUGCUGGUGGCUUGGCUGGAGCCGCUUCACUACUUUUUGUGUACCCACUUGAUUUCGCAAGAACAAGACUUGCCACUGAUGUUGGCAAGGGCACAAACAGAGAAUUCAAUGGUCUAAAUGACUGCAUUUUAAAGAUUCUAAAACACGACGGUCCAAUUGGUCUUUAUAGAGGAUUCGGUAUCUCUGUGGUCGGAAUCAUUAUUUACCGUGCUUUAUACUUCGGUAUGUUCGACUCUGGCAAAGACAUUCUCUUCAAAGACUUCAAGAACGCCAACAUUUUCUUAGUUUGGGCCUUUGCACAAGCAGUCACAGUUUCUUCUGGUAUCGCUUCAUACCCACUAGAUACUGUCAGAAGACGUAUGAUGAUGCAAAGUGGAAGAAAAGGUGCCGAUAUCCAAUACAAAGGCACCAUAGAUUGCUUCUUCAAGAUUUUCGCUAAUGAAGGUGGACUUAAGCCUUUCUUCAAAGGAGCUGGCAGCAACGUAAUCAGAGGAACUGGUGGAGCUCUUGUGCUUGUCUUCUACAACAAAAUCCAAGCUUAUUUGGGAAUCGAAGGUGGUGCAGGAGGAGAAUAA